GCAUACACUCAGUAUAACGCCUCCCCCCAAUGAGACUUUAUUAACGUGUUGAUUCCUCGCGCUAUCGGGCAGUAGGUCGUUUUUUUUUUUUCUUACAAGAAAAAUCCUCCUCUUCCCACGCAAAAAUCUUCUUUUCUUUAAACUGUUGCGAGGGCAGAACAUCGCGGAGUCUCCAGCUUCUGCUGCACGCGACGUUACCACAGCGCGCGCGGAGGAACAGAACAGAGCAGCUGAGAAAUGUUUCCCAUGAAACACUCUUGGACCAUGUAUUAGAGCUGAUUAUGAAUGAGAAGCCUCCAAACAGCACCAGCCUGUUUCUGAGUGAAGACUCUGAGAAGCCACAGCGUGCUGAGGAGGGGCUCCACCAUCUGUGCCGAGUAUUACAGAAGCAGAUGUCAGGAAGUAGGCGAAAGAUGGGCUGCAUCACACGAGACAGCGUGAAGAUGUUCCUGCGGAGGAACACGUUUGUGAUCUUCACAGUGGCUGCUGUGGCUUUAGGGGUGAUGCUGGGUUUUGCCCUGAGACCUCAUAACCUGUCCAUCAGGGAGGUGAAGUAUUUCUCUUUCCCUGGAGAGCUGCUGAUGAGGAUGCUUCAAAUGCUUGUUCUGCCCCUCAUUGUCUCCAGCCUUGUCACAGGAAUUUCCUCUUUGGACAGCAAGGCUUCUGGGAAAAUGGGAAUCCGGGCUAUUAUCUACUACAUGGUGACUACGUUUAUAGCAGUUUUCAUCGGUAUUGUCAUGGUGAUUAUUAUCAGGCCGGGUAAAGGCAGCAGGGAUAGUCCAGUGGCCUCUAGUGGCAGCAUUGAGCCAGUGCAGGCCGCUGAUGCUUUUCUGGACCUGAUAAGAAAUAUGUUUCCACCAAAUUUAGUUGAAGCCUGCUUUAAACAGUACAAAACACUAUACAAGAAAACUGUGUUGACAAAAAAUGUCACCAUCAUGGUCAAUGCGACAGACAACAUCAACUCUACAGAUCUCAGCCAAUUAUCCAACUUAAGCACAAUUCUGCAGACCAUCCAGGAGACGGUGGAAGAGGUGGUUCCUGUCUCAGGUUCCUCAAAUGGGGUGAACGCCUUGGGGUUGGUGGUCUUCUCCAUGUGCUUUGGAUUAGUGAUUGGAAACAUGAAACAGCAGGGCCAGGCUCUCCGGGACUUCUUUGACUGCUUGAAUGAAGCCAUAAUGCGCUUGGUGGCCAUCAUUAUCUGGUAUGCUCCAGUGGGUAUCCUCUUCCUGAUUGCAGGGAAGAUUGUUGAGAUGAAAGACCUUGCUCAGGUGGGCGGACAAUUAGGGAUGUACACGGUAUCUGUCAUUGUCGGGCUACUCAUCCACGGCCUGUUCGUUCUGCCUCUGCUCUUCUUUGUGGUGACCAAGAAGAACCCUUUCACCUUUAUCGGUGGGCUGCUACAGGCUCUCAUCACAGCUCUAGGCACCUCAUCCAGCUCUGCCACCCUGCCUAUCACUUUCCGUUGUCUUGAAGAAAACAACCAUGUGGACAAACGAGUGACACGUUUUGUGCUACCGGUUGGAGCCACAAUCAACAUGGAUGGCACAGCUCUGUAUGAAGCAGUGGCAGCCAUUUUUAUUGCCCAGGUCAAUGACAUGGACCUGAACUUUGGCCAGAUCCUGACCAUCAGUAUUACGGCGACUGCCGCUAGCAUUGGAGCAGCAGGCAUCCCUCAGGCUGGGCUGGUUACCAUGGUGAUAGUAUUGACAUCGGUGGGACUGCCCACAGAGGACAUUACACUGAUCAUCGCAGUGGACUGGUUCCUGGAUCGACUCAGGACCACCACCAACGUGCUGGGAGAUUCGUUUGGUGCCGGGAUUGUUGAGCAUCUGUCACGAGAGGAACUUCAGAACCAAGAUGUAGAAAUCAUCAACUCUGUGAUUGAGGAAAAUGAAAAGCCAUAUCAGCUGAUCUGCCAAGAGAAUGACUCUCUCAAGCAUCGUAACAGUGAAACCACCAUGUAAUAAUUCUCAUAUAGUUAUAGUUCGCACCUUCAGCACUGUUAUAUUCUGAAAAUCAGAACUUGCAGAAUAAAAUGCUGGAAAGAAGACAGCCAUAUGAGUAUGUUGAGAAUGUAACACGCCAAUCCAACAUUUUAUCCGUCAGUAUUUUCAUUUACAAUUGCAUCCAAGGCAAAGUAGCACCCAAUUAAAAUAACACUAUGCUAGUUUUAUAAUGCUGAUUUGAGACUGUUAAAAACAUUAAGGUCUUUGUACUUUGUAUAAAUAUUGUUCUAGAGUUGGUUGAUGUCAUUGAACCAGCAUUAUUUCACAAUGUCUUUCAGAUGUUUGAGCUAUAUUACCUCAUACACACAAUGCCAAACUCAUAGAUGUAGAGACAAAGGGAACCUUUUUGAGUUACUUUGAUGUUCUUAUCGUGUUUUUGUUAUCUAACAUAUCAAUGAGGUCAUUUUUGUAGAUGUUUAUAUGAUAUUGUAAUCAAUUAUUUAUAUAAUUUACCCCCGGUUUCACAGAAAAGGCUUAAGCUAGUCCUAAGCUAGACUAAAAUGCAUGUUUGAGCUGUUUUAACUGAAAUCAACUCGCAUUGACAUAUCUUGUCACUGCCAAGAUGCACAGCAGUAAUGUUUUUUUCUAGGGUACAUUUAUAAAAGCUACUUAAAUAUCCUAAUUGAACUAUUGCCUAAUCCUGGUUUAGGCUAAGCCCUGUCUGUGAAACCGGGCCGUAAUGUUUCUUUGAUGGAUUUAGCUUUUGCUUUACUCACUGUUACGUGAUGGACUGUGUGAAGUAUAUAAUUCCCCCCUUAAGAAUGGCUUUUAGUAACAUGAUUUGUUUGGAAUCAAUCCUUGAUAGCACAUAUCAUGAAUGAUUUUUGUUUUGUGGUGGAAUAUGGCUGUUAUUCUAGGAUUAUUUAGUGUGUUCUGGUUCUCCAGCCAGUUUGUAUUGUGAAGUGACAGUUGUUUUAUUUAUAUUUGAAGUCUAUUAGCCGGCUUUAUAAAUAUGCCCAGAUUGUGCAGCCCAUAUUGCAGCUGUGUCUGUGUGAAAUACUUGAAUGUUUACCACAGUCCCCAAAGGUUUCAUAACAGUUUACUCUCACACAAGAGUUCAUUACGAAUUCACUUCACAGUUAUCUCUGGGUUUUGAUAAACAGUUUAUACUUUUAGUAGAGAUUAUCUUUAAAUGCAAACCACAGUUUGUGAAAAUGGUGUUAUGUUGUUUAAUAUUUCUUACAAGUAUUUAUAUAACCAUAUAUGCUACAAUUUUGUUUGUUGUAUUUAUUUUGAGUUUGCUUUUUUGAGGUAAUGGUAUAGUGUGGGCACAUUUUUGGCUUGAGUUAUUUGGUAUUAUGGAUUCUGGAAGGUGUUAAGAUGAAUAAAUGUCUCAGGAAUAAAAAUUCUCAUUUU